AUCAAAGAGUAGUCACAUUCUCAAAAUUCAUGGCAUCAGAGCUCUGCUUCACAAACCUCCAAUGAAUAGUACAAUGCUUUUACUCACUCAAUCACUCUCUAAUGGUUCUCAAGAGUGCAAAAGAAUCCAUCACUGUGCUUUUGAGGAAGAAUUCAUUCAAAAGCACUUGUCAAUGGGUGAGAUUGACUUUGCACGCAAGGUAUUCGAUGGAAUGCCUAAACCAAGUGUGUUUUUAUGGAAUGCAAUGAUUCGAGCUUAUUCUUGGCACGGUCCAUUCUACCAAGCUGUUGAACUUUACCAUGAUAUGUUGAGUUCAUGUGCUAUCAAACCGAAUAAAUUUACGUUCCCGUUUGUACUCAAGGCGUGUUCGAGCUUAUUGGCAUUGGAUGAAGGAAAGGAAAUUCAUGAGUAUGUGAAAAGAAUUGGUUUGGAAUCUGACUUGUUUGUUUCAACUGCAUUGAUUGAUAUGUAUAUGAAAUGUGGAUGCUUGGAUGAAUCUUGUGCAGUGUUUGAUGUAAUGCCAACUAAAGACAUUGUCGCAUGGAAUGCGAUGGUAGCUGGUUUUGCGCUUCAUGGGAUGUCUGAGGAUAGUAUUGGCUUUGUUUUGGAGAUGCAAAAUGCGGGCCAGAGACCGAACCGUUCAACUGUUGUAUCGGUUCUGCCUGUGGUUGGACAAGCCAAAGCAUUGAGACAAGGGAGAAGCAUUCAUGGAUAUUGUGUGAGGAGAUACUUUGAUGAGGAUGAUAUUAUGGUGGGGACUGCUCUGUUGGAUAUGUAUGGGAAAUGCGCGUGCUUGGUUUACGCUUGUCGGGUAUUUGACAGCAUGAGUGCAAAGAAUGAAGUCACGUGGAGUGCGAUGAUUGGAGGCUAUGUUGUCUGUGAUAGGAUGGUGGAUGCAUUGGAGGUCUUCGAUCAAAUGAUGAUUGAGGGGUCCUCAAAACUGGCAUCAUCUUCUCUUGCAUCAGCUCUUCGGGCUUGCACAAAGUUAGCUGAUCUGAACAGAGGGAAAAUAAUGCACAACUACUCAAUCAAAUGUGGUCUUCUGCCUGAUAUAACAAUAGGGAAUUCACUGCUCUCCAUGUAUGCAAAGAUUGGUAGUGUAGAUGAUACGGUGAAGUAUUUCGAUGAAAUGGUAUUUAAGGAUAGUGUCUCUUACAGUGCAAUUAUAUCCGGAUACGUGCAGAAUGGGAAUGUUGAAGAAGCAUUUGCAAUUUUUAGAAGAAUGCAACUCUCAGAUGUAGAACCAGACGUUGCAGUUAUGGUUGGAAUAAUACCAGCAUGUUCCCAUUUAGCUGCAUUGCAGCAUGGGAAGUGCACCCAUGGCCUUGCUAUCAUCCAUGGACUUGCAUUUGAUGUCUCGGUUAGUAAUGCAUUGAUCGACAUGUACACCAAAUGUGGCAGAAUUGACCAUGGGAGAGAAGUUUUUGAUAGGAUGACAAAACGGGACAUUGUAUCAUGGAACACAAUUAUUGCAGGGUAUGGAAUGCAUGGGCUGGGCAAAGAAGCGAUCUUCUUGUUUUUGAAUAUGCAAACCGAUGGUAUAAUUCCGGAUGAUAUCACAUUCAUAUGUCUCUUGUCUGCUUGCAGUCAUUCAGGAUUAGUUACAGAAGGGAAACACUGGUUCCAUGCUAUGACUUUGAAUUAUGGAAUUAAACCAAGAAUGGAGCAUUAUAUAUGUUUGAUUGACAUCUUAGGCCGAGGUGGUUUUCUUGAUGAAGCCCGGGAGUAUAUCAGGAGAAUGCCAUUUGAACCAGAUGUUAGAGUUUGGGGUGCUUUGCUCGGCGCAUGUAGAAUCCAUAAGAACAUUGAAUUAGGAGAGCAAGUGUCCCAAAUGAUUGAAAAACUUGGCCAUGAAAGCACAGGUAACUUUGUUCUGUUAUCGAACAUAUACAGCGCAGCAGGGAGAUUCACUGAAGCGGCAAAAGUUCGAAUUGUGCAAAGGGACAGAGGAUUUGUAAAAAGUCCUGGAUGUAGUUGGAUUGAGAUCAAGGGAAAUAUUCAUGCUUUCAUUGGUGGUGACCGAUCGCAUCCUCAAUCAAGAAACAUAUACCAAAAACUGGAAGACUUGCUUGUGGAGAUUAAGAAAUUGGGGUAUCAGCCCGAUACUAGUUUCGUAUUGCAGGACAUGGAUGAUGAGGAGAAAGAGCAUGCCCUUCUCUACCAUAGUGAGAAGCUAGCAAUUGCAUUUGCUAUUCUUAGUUUGAGCAGCGAUAAACCGAUUUUUGUGACGAAGAAUUUGCGAGUUUGUGGAGACUGUCACACUGCGAUAAAAUUGAUCACAUUAGUGUCUAAAAGAAUCAUAGUUGUGAGAGAUACUAGCAGAUUCCAUCAUUUCCAUGAGGGAAUGUGUAAUUGUGGAGAUUUUUGGUGAUUCAUACAUGAACUACUUCAGUCUUUUUGCAGUGUAUAUACAUCUGUUCAGAUACAGGAUUUUGUGUGAUCUAUUCCAGACUGACUUUAGACUACACAAAGUUUGGAAAGCAGAAUGUUAGAUAGAUGGGUAUGUUUUAGUUGAAGAAUUAUUUUGGAUUGUGUAUCUCUUGAUUGCAGUUCUUGAAAUGAGCACAAGAAGUGCUGUUUUCCAGGACUGAAUAUGGCAAAUGCAGAUACAUCCAGAACAGGAAGUUAUAGAGGAAAUAGCAAAAUUUGCAAUGAUUUGUCAGAGGUGCAUCAAAAUUCAAUAUUCCCAUGAUAAGCACUGUGUAUGAUCAAUCUUCACGGGUGCAGACAGACGAGGCCUUCCAUUAUUCACAUGACUCACGAGUCACAAGACUGAAUGAUUUUGAAAUUAAUCAUCAAUGUCUUGGUUGAUGAUUGUAAACGUUACCUGGAGAAGCGACCGAU